CUUUUGCCAAGUGCUCUCCUGUUGUAGGCUCUUCUGGAGAGGGCUCCGUACUCUCGGAAUAGAAUCGCCAUUCCUUGGUAGGGCUGGACUCCCUGUUUUCUCCGCCCUUUCGGAUCGUUCAGAGCCGCAUGGAGACAAUAUAAAGCUGCACCAUCCGCAACUCUUCUCACCAUCACACUACCACACGACCACACGACCACACUAGUACCAACCUUUCUUAAUGCGCUCCUACCUUAUCUCUGGCCUUCUGGUCCUAGCAUCCAGCGCCCUAGCAGAUGUUACCUACAAUGUUGUGGGAUUCCCUGACACUGACGGUGGUUCGUUUGGUGUCGUGAUCAAUGGCAAAACCACACCGCUCACUACCACGCCUUCGACCUUUCCAUUGUGGUCCGCGACCGUCGUGGGCGCCUCCGCAUCAUCCGGCUACCGGUAUGUCAAGCUUUCAGAGCAAGGCACCGUAUUGCAACGAGAGUCUUUUCUGCGAGUUUUCCAAAACAAAAAGGCCAAGAGUACGGCCAACGAGUUCUUCCUGCGCCAAGUGACCCAAACAAGCCUGCCAGCGAUUCCUCAAGUCUUUGAGGAUGUCCGACCCAAGGCUUCGAAGGCCUUUGACGAUACCCAGAUUGCGACAAUUCAUUUGACAGCCGACCCAGCUAUUUUUGCAGACAUGGUGGCCCAUCCUCAGGAGGACAGAAAGGCCAUCCGUACGGGCUUCCGCUUCAUCAGUACCGACACAGUGUACAGCGUCGAGGAGGUCAAGGUGAAGGUCUCCGGCCACGGCUCAAAAGGUUUCAAGAAGCUGUCGCUCAGGAUCAAGUUCGACGAUGACAAGGGAGAGACGUUCUUUGACCGCCCGAUCAUCAAGCUGCGGUCUGAGGUCUAUGAUCCUACCAUGAUCCGCGAGAAGAUUUACAUCGAUGUCUUGAAUUCAGUCGGCGUCAAAACUACACAAGGAGCAUGGGUCCGCGUUUACGUGAAUGGAAAGCCCUACGGAUUCCACCUGAUGGUGGAGGACAUUGAAGCGCCAUUCUUGCGAGGAACCGUGCACCAAGGCAGCAGCAAUCCAUUGGAGCUGGGUUCGCUCUAUCAGAUGGGCUCGCAUGUCCUCGGCCAGGAGGCGACUUUGCAGUAUGCCGGACCCAUGACCGCGGAUUACAAUGAAGAAAUCUACACGAACAAGAUUUUGGGAGCCAACACGAAAGCUGAACCUAUGGCCCAGUUGAUCACGUUCUUUAAGGAUCUCCAAGAGUAUGACCCCACGAUGUCGGGCGGCAUCAAGUUCUGGAACUCGCGCUUGAAUCUGGAUGGUUUCCUGCGCGCCAUGGCGAUGGAGUAUCUCGCCGGUUCCUGGGACGCUUACUGGUGGAAGGGCAACAACUACUUCAUGUACUUUAACCCAACUGAGGCCAGGUGGCUGUUCCUCCCCACGGAUUUCGAUUCUACCUUCAGCGACGGCAAUCUUAACGAUGUGCUGACCACGUACAAGAAGUUCGCUGCCCGCAGGUUGGCAAGGAGUGGCAAGGACCACCCAUUGAUUACCAAGCUCAUCUACAAGAACAAAGAUAUCAAUGCGCGCUUCGAGCAGAUCCUUCUCAGUAUCGUCAACGGUGUCUUCAACUCCAAUGUACUCGAGCCCAGAAUCAACGCGUACGAGAAAAUGAUUGCGGAUGAAGUCAAGUGGGACUAUUCGCUGGAUCGAUCCAAAAACCCUGGCAAGACUUUCAACUUCACUAUUACUGAUUUCCACAAGAGCAUCACCGGCCCCGUGACCGGCGUCAAUAAUGGAAUCAAGCCAUGGAUCAAGAGCAGGGCCAAGGACGUUCCAAAGCAGGUUCAGAAGAGCGCUGCGCUCUAAACAGAACAAAGAAUGAAGCCGAGGUUCAGGGGAGCAGCAUCAGCAUGGACAAGCUGGCUGGUCCAGCAUGCUACAUAUUUCUGAUGGUUGCUUUUUUUUUAGAGACGUCGCUUUGCGCUUUGUGCUGCAAUGAAGAAGAAAAUAAUGAAAAAUAGAAUUAAAAAGCCUUAAUGCACCCG